AUGACUUUAGCUGAAUCUUUGUUGGAUGUGGUUGUCGCCGGAAUAGCCACACUUCCGAUCAAGCAGUUCACCGAAGAUGUUGCCAUGCAGGCCAACUAUCAAUUCAUUGACGAGAUCUUCCACUAUCCACAAUUGAAGAGAAUCAUCAGAGGUGAUUACACAACAUGGGAUCCCAAGAUUACCACUCCGCCGGGGCUUUACUACUUGACUGCGCUAUACUCGAAAGUUUUCAAAGUUGAAUGUACGCUAGAGAACAUGAGGUAUUUUAACUACUUCGGAGGUGUCUUUUUGGUGGCGAUGGUUAUUUUGAUUAGGCUUAGAACCAAAGAGCCAGGGUUCACAUCUGCUGCAUUGUUCAUGAAUCCGCUAUUAUCGAUUUUCUACUCGUUGUAUUACACGGAUGUCUGGGCAAGCGCUGUUGUUGUUGCGGCAUACGCGGUGGUUGUCUGGAAGCCUUUCAACAACUACUUCUUGACAUCCGUUAUUUCUGCCUUGAUCUCCUUGAUUUCCUUGACCUUCAGACAGACAAACAUCAUCUGGAGUAUUUUCUUGCUGGCAGCCCUAAUUGAUUCCAAGGCAAAGGACGAAAACUUGUACAAGUACAAGGAAGGGGUCGGCGAUUUACUUGCAUUCAUUAAGACCGGGCUAAAGAACUUUGCCAUUUGCAUUCCAUACAUUGCUGUUGGCUUAGCUUUUGUCGGGUUCGUUUACACCAACGGCGGAAUUGCCCUCGGCGACAAGGAGAACCACAUUUUGUCUCCGCACUUGGCGCAAUUGUGCUACUGUAUGACAUUUAUCGCCCUCUUCACUAUGCCGCUGUGGAUCUCCUACUCCGUCUUUAUCGAGUACGUUGAGGACAACUUCUUGAACCUCACCGGGUUGUUUUUCAACGCUGCUUGGCUUCCGAUCUUGUUCAUCAUGAUCCAGAGCUUCACCAUCAUCCACCCCUUUGUUCUCGCAGACAACAGACACUACACGUUCUACAUUGUCCGAAACUUCAUCAUCAGAACCGAUACCUCGAGAUACGAGCUACUUCCAUUCUACCACUUUUCCUUCUACAUCGUCUACAAGCUCUUCAAGGAGAACUCCAACAUCCUUCCAGACAAGAACAACAACCACAGAAGAACCGCUGCUUCCCCGAUCAUGUACUGCGCAUACAUGUUCUGCACCGCUGCGGCCGUCACCCUCUCGCCUCUGUUCGAGCCAAGAUACUACAUUCUUCCCUACAUCUUCUUCAGACUCUUCACCAGACCCACCGACACCCCGCUCCUAGCUGUCAGCCUUCUCAAAGAGCACAACACCAAGAUCCGGUAUGUCGGCGAGGUUCUGUGGUUGUGGUUCUGGACUCAGGCCAUCUAUCUUGUCUUCCUUCAGUUCACCUUCAAGUGGGAUGACAUCCCAGAACUCCAGCGUGUCAUUUGGUGA